UACCUCGAAGGUACAUUCAUACUCCAGGGCCUCCAUGCACCGAACGGGCUUCGAGACCUGAGACGAGGAUCCUCUCUAGCUCAACCCAAGAAGGACGUCGACCCCUCCGUCGUCCAGUUUGUGAGGCGGAUGCAUGUAGCAUGGGCAUCUGUCUGCCGUCCCGCGGCUUCUUUCGUCUGAAAGCUACCUACCUACUCUCCAUCUCCGACUUCCCAACAACCUCAACUCCUUUUCAACUUCCAUCUUCCAUCUCACCACACUCGUUUUUGUUCUGGUUUUCCGCUCUCCUCUCCCCCUCCCCUCCCCUUCCCUCCUCUCCCCUCUGGGUCCUUGACCAUCAUCUCCAUAGGGCUGCCCUGCCUGUCCUUGAUCUCCGCUGUGCAUCUUGUGCUUCGGGUACUAGCUAGGUGCAGUACACCUGCCUACGACUUGCCUCUUGUACUAGGCUUGCAUCCCGUCCGGACCCAAGUACAAAUCCUCUGGCUUCUCGAGCUUCUCUUUUGGCAGUAACGAUACAGCCGACAAAACAUCGAUCACUUCUGCCAUUGAGUCGCACUUACCCUGAUUACCAAGUGGAAGUGGACUCCCCUCGGAGGCUUAGAAAUCCACAGGCUUCCAUCCAUCCAGGUUAUCGACGGUUCAAGCGGCCCCAGGGUUUUGAACAUCAAACCAGGCGGCUCGCCUCUCAGCUGGACCUCAUCAGCAGCAACGACAUCUCUUGACUCGCUUCAGCCCCAGACAGGAUCGAUCUUUCAAGUGGCAAAAGCCGCCGCACCACCAAACCCGUCACCUGCUCCCGCCUGCGGCGCUGGCUGCCCCACCAUCCGUCUACAGGCCGCCGACUCGAUCGAGGUACUUCUCUACAGUACCUACUUUUACUGGACUCGGUCUCGGUGCUCAACAAGUUGACGGGAACUUGAACCGUGACGCACCUUGCUAGAGACCUUGCCAUUCGACGACAACCCAUCGACCCAACAGCAUUCAGCAGCCGGACAAGAGCGGUCUCGAGGGUUUACCCAGAGACACGCACACGCACACGCAGCGCGAUAGUGGGCGAGUACGGCAUCUCAUCUACACCGUCCCGUCUUUAAUAUACACUCCCGCCGACCCUGCUACGCCAUCACCUCGGCAGCCGUCUGCAGCUUCAUACUACUUCUCCUACCCCAACGUUACCGUCUGCCUAUCUCCUGGGUCUUCCAGGCUCGGUCUCUCUAUUCAAAACAUACGCUCGCUUCUUCUGCCGCCGUCCUCAUCCAGUUUGCCAGUUCGGUUGCAGUUUGCCGCCACUGCGCGCAGCCGGAACCUCAACCGCAACUUUCACUUGAACUCGGCCAACCACCACUCAAAAUCGCCAAGGCCAUCUCGAGGGUCCCGAGGGUCAUGAUCUGGCGGCCUUGCCUCUGCCUCGUCGUCGUCUUCUCCUCUCUUCUCUAAAUCCUGCCUCUUUCUGCCCAACAUGGACGCACUCAAGAGUGGACGAGGCUUUCAGCCCAGCCUCGCUGAAGUCGUCUUUAGGAAUUCUCAGCUAUUCUAUCCAGUCAUUCUAUUAUUCGCCUUCAUCAUCUCAGCCGGCAUCCAUAGUAUCGUCACUUCCAAGACCGAGGAGGAAGUAGUUGCCCCAACCAUCAAGGGCCCCGGCGGCAAACCUCUACCCUUUACCAAGAGAAGGCGUGAGCAUCAUGACAUUCAAGCACCCUUUGUUCACAACGGCGACGUGGCCAAGACCGUGUUUCAGUACCUCUCGGCUGGUCUUGUACUAUCAUUUGUUGCCAACGGUGCUGCUAUCGCCCUCCACGCCGUGUCAGCUCGCGGAGUGAAAGGGGAGGUGGGCGAUUGGUGGUGCGAUGAACAGCGCAUCGUUUACGUUGCUGGGUCAGCUUUCUUCUACGUAUACGUUCUCAUCACGUUGUUUGACUGGGAACACAGCCCGAAUAUCGUCCACUUCAUUACAUGGGUUCUCGGCCUCGGCGGCGAAAUUGUCGUCCUGUUAUCAUUCGCCCUCAUUGUUACCGGGAGCCACUACUCCAACUUCGGCGCUCAGGACCCGAUACCGAAACAAACUGAUGGCUUGGACGGAUGGGACCUUGUGGAUCUCAGCAUUGGUGCCGUCCGUAUACUAAUCGUAUCGAUUAUGGUGUUCACCUAUGCGGCUCUAACGACUAGGAAGUGUAUCAAGGAAAAACAGCGAUAUGACGAAGAAGCAAGCCACUCCGAUAGUGACGAGUCAAGUCCUUUGCUAAACGGAAGUCACCCGAACUAUCAUACCGGCUCCAACAGAGGCAAUGAUCGCAGACUUCCACGGACCGACUCUGGAUUUGGGAGCGAAAAUGGCGCUGGGGAAGCGGGUUGUCAACAGCGUGAUGCGGAAGCGGCAUUUUACCGACCUCAGAAACUCCCUCACAAGACCUGGUUCGAAUACUGCCGCGGUUAUUCGGUCUUCUUCCCAUAUCUUUGGCCAGCAAAUUCUCUCAAGCUCCAGGGCAUCAUACUUGUGUGCUUUGUUUUGGUCCUUCUUCAGCGCUUUGUCAACAUUGCGGUUCCCGCUCAGAUGGGGAGAGUUACCGAUGCAUUAGAGCCGAAGGACGGGGUUUUCAAAAUGCCGUGGAUGCAGGUUGGACUCCUCGUAUUAUACAAGCUGCUUCAAGGGCCUUCUGGAUUGCUGGGGUCUUUGAGGUCGAUCCUCUGGAUUCCCGUAUCGCAGCAUACCUACCGAGCAUUGACGACAGCUGCAUUUGAGCAUGUGCAUUCCUUGUCACUGGAUUUCCACCUUGGCAAACGCACUGGAGAGGUCCUUUCCGCUCUCAACAAGGGAGCCUCUAUCAACCAGUUCCUGGAGCAGACAACCUUCCAAGUGGCUCCUAUGCUCAUCGACCUUUUCAUAGCCAUCAUCUUCUUCUAUGUCAAGUUCGGGCCCAUGUACGCCUUGUUCGUCUCGGUCAUCACCUUUUAUUAUUUGUUUUUGACGAUCCGUAUGGCGGCAACCAGGGCUGACCAGCGACGCGAUAUGGUCAACGCGGAUAGAGAGGAAGAGGCGGUUAAGAACGAUUCGAUCACGUCUUACGAAACGGUCAAGUACUUCAACGCCGAAAAAUACGAGUUUGCGCGCUACCGCAAUGCGAUCCUCAACUUCCAGGCAGCCGAGGCCAAGGUGACCUUUGGCAUGAAUCACAUGAACAUGUGUCAGUCCAUGGUCUUCAUGUGCGGCUUUCUUGUCAUCAUGAUGACCUGCGCGUAUCAGGUCAGCCAAGGCACUCGGACCCUUGGUGAGUUUGUGUCGUUGAUCACUUAUCUCGGCCAACUGCAAGGACCACUCAACUUCUUUGGUACUUUUUACCGGACCAUCCAGCAAGCCAUGAUCUCCGGAGAGAGACUCCUUGAACUCUUCAAAAUCCAGCCUUCUGUCAUCGACGGCCCUGAUGUCCAAGACUUGGCAAGCUGCAGCGGCCAUUUGAAAUGGAACAACGUCGGGUUCUCGUACGACAAGCGCAGGCCUGCCCUGCAUGACCUGUCUUUCGAGUGCAAGCCCGGAACUACCACCGCGUUUGUCGGCGAGUCUGGAGGUGGCAAAUCCACCGUUUUCCGUUUGAUGUUCCGGUAUUACAACUGCCAGGAGGGAAGCAUACAGAUGGACGGCCAUGACGUGAAAGACUUGACCAUCGACUCAGUGCGCCGAUUCAUCGGUGUUGUUCCGCAAGAUACUAUCCUGUUCAACGAGACCCUCAUGUACAACCUGAAAUAUGCGAACCCGAACGCAACCGAGGAAGAUGUGUAUGAUGCUUGCCGGGCGGCUGCGAUUCACGAUCGUAUUCUGAGUUUCCCGGACGGCUACGCCACCAAAGUUGGCGAGCGUGGCCUUCGCUUGAGCGGUGGUGAGAAGCAACGUGUCGCUAUCGCGCGCACAAUUCUCAAAAACCCACAAAUCAUCAUGUUGGACGAGGCGACAUCAGCCUUGGAUGGUGAGACAGAGCAGAAGAUCCAGUCCAAGCUAAUCAGCGGCAAUUUUGGCGAGGGCCGUACGCUCCUGAUCAUUGCGCAUCGAUUGUCAACUAUUACGCAUGCGGAUCAAAUUAUCGUCCUUCACGCUGGCACCAUGGUCGAAAAAGGUACGCAUCAGGAGCUCCUAGCUCUGGGUGGCCGCUAUGCUUCCAUGUGGGAGAAGCAUUGCCGUGCUGAACGCGCGGCAGAGCACGCCCUGAGAGCCACCCUGAAGGCUCAAAAACUGUUGAGUCGAGCCAACCUCUCACGAGAUGACGAUCACUCAGAUGGAGAUAGCAUGGCCUCAUCCGCUAUUCUGCAGACAGGGCUGAAAAGCCCAACUGCUGGUACCUCGACGCCGGACAAUGAGUCAGACACCACAUCUCAUAGGGGUACUAGCUCACACUCGGAUGAUGACAGCAGCGCUUCGGUCAGUGGAUCAGAGGGAACUCUUCAUGACGAAGCGAGCGAUGAUUCUCACGAGGAGGACAACCACAACAGUGCCUACGACCCGCGAAUCGCGGCGAUACAACCAAUUGCUGGACGCAGAGACAAUGGUCAACCGCUUUCAGCCUCAUAUGUCUCGCGUUCUGGACUGUCCUCAAGUUGCUCUUUGCCACGUAGGGUACGAGCCAGUACAUGAGGGCUCCCGAACGACUCAGUCAACGAUGCAUCAGUGUUAAGCGAGAGUUUUAUACAUUUGCGACAUAGCCACACCUAAUAAUCGGUCACCAUGGGCGACAAGCCAAGUCAACCUCCCUCGUCGAUGCCAUGCUGGACAUAUUGCAUGUUUUGGUCUCGUUUUCGUUCUCAGCGAAGCAUCGACUGGUCCCCGUGGCGGGACCGUAAUAAUCACCCACUUCGCAUUUCCUUCUGUCUACAAAAUCUCUUUUUGUUUUCCUUUUCUUAUUCAAACAUGCCGCUUAACGAGAGACGCGAACCAUGAGAUAAGAUUCCCAAGCAUAGCUGGCGUUGGUGGGGAUUCCUUUAAUGCAAUAUGGGCCAUAUUUUUUGUCCCUUUACACUCGAAAUUCUUAGGGCCACCUUUUAAAAGAACUUGUUGCUCUGGUCCAGUGACAUACUGUACGCCCCUUCCUUGGUUUCUUGAUAUGUCGCUUCCAUUAAUGUUUUUGAUUUUUCUUCGUGCAUUGGGAGCCGUGUGUCAUGGUGUUACACUCUGGUUUGCCUUUUCACACUUUGCUUUUUACAGCGCGGCAUCGGACAGGGUAGACGGAGGAGAAACGGUGAACAGAGCAUGUGGAGAAGGGGGAAAGGAAGAAAAGAAGGGGGGGAAAUACCCGGAGCCCGGAGUUAUCUAUCACCAUGCAAGUGGUUUAUCAAGUGAUUUGGGGUCACGACCUUACAGUCCGUGGGAAACGAAGGACUUAUCAGUUUGUGAUGGGGUUUUCCAAAACACUCAUAAGAGACACUAAUUCAUCCGGUCGAUGGCUGAUGGCCCAUCGAUGACACUAUCACCCCAUCUUCCUCUCGCAUCUGUUCUAUUUUCCCGUAUUUUCCCUACCCGCUUUUUCGAUGUGAGCGAGACCUUUUUUUUCCGUCUUCAUUUUUGGUCUAUCUGUUCCUGGUCACUAAGCAUGUGCGAGCAAGCGAGCAACGUUUGGCGAGCAAGCGAGUAAGCAAUGCUUAGUAUAUGAGCGAGUUGUCAUUAAAUGUUUUUGAAGGGCGGCUAUUUGCGUUAUGACUGGUUUGUGGGAGGGGUGGAAGUGGUGGAGCAAGAUACCCAGAUCGAUGGUGUUGGUGCAUGGGUCUGGUGUUGGCUGCUGAGUGAAAAUGGUUCACUCUGUCAGCUCGAAAAAGGAUGAUGCUUCAGAGCGGAGGUAAAUACCCAGUGAGCUUAGCGUGCAGUGCGUUUGUAGUUUGUAAUACUUGAGAUGAACUAUCUUCAGUUGAAGGAAAGAGGGUGUGUGUUAUGAUUGCU